AUGGGCGUACAACAUGAAGUCCAAUUUGAAACAGUUUAUAUGAAAACUAAACUUACUUCUCUGGAUCAGGAGUAUUUUGUAAUAUCUAAAUGGAAGUCCUGUGUCCAACUCUCUACAAAACCUGAACCGAACACCCUUAUAUUGCCACCAAGAAGCCCCAAUUGCCUAAAAAAAAAUCCAAAUUUACUCCAGAUAUCUUUCCACUUUCAUGGAAUAGCGGCAAAAUGUGAACUCAACAUCUUUGAACUUUUCAAAAGAAGUGUAGUGUUCUGGGAGGAAAUAUUACAGUUUGCCUGUUCGGUUAGCCAUCAGGAAAAAACUGGCAGUAUCGAGCUGCUACUUACAUGUAAGCUAUGGCCCAGCAAGAAGAUCGACAACCUUCUGGAAGCACCAUUAAGUUACGAUUCACACAAUUUAGAAACCCUCCAAAUCGGAUAUUUAGAAAAGUUGAGCACUGAAGUUGAGUUUUUGAAGGACGCGAACUUGAUUUUUCCAGAAGCUGAGCUCAUCGAACAGUUCAAUGAGUACCUUGGUUCUCUGAUCAUUUCACAACUUGAAUUCAGGUACCCGCUAGUCUUCUCGAGUUUGGUCAGACGGCGCCUGUCGCUACAGGAGAGGUUUCUUCCCUCAGUUUCGUAUAGCUUAACAGACUCGUCGAAGUUGUUACCCCAUCUGGUGCAAAUGAUCUCAAAGGACAGAACUGCAACCACCGUGUACCAGCUUUUGAAAAACACAAAGUGUAAACUUUCCUUCGAUAUUAUGAGGAAGGGUACCGACUGA